ACUAGUCUUGACCCAGUAUUCUGCUAACAGUUGCGCAGUUAGUUUGGUCGCAUUAGGAAGAAAUUACAUCCAUUUUUUGUAAAUAGGAAAAAACUUUUUUGUGCAUAAGGUCAUCAUGGCUGCUCUCGACAGCAUAACAAUUAAUCCUGAGCCCAACAGUGAAGCUACAGUAAACGAAUACACAAUAAGCAUUGCAUUCCUGAAACACAAAAUGGACCAGUUCCUGGUUUAUCCUGGAGUAUAUGGAAAUUCUUAUAGUGCUGUGAUCAACGAGAUUUACCCGGACAGAACCCUUCCCGUCGAAUCGAUCGUGAGGGACGUCGCACUGCAGCAUAACAUGCAGUACUACGGAGCGGAAAUCGUGCCGGCAAACAUAGAGAAAUGGAUGUGGAACCGCCCGGUGGGCAGCAGAUUUGUGGUGAAUUUGUCCAACAAUUGGCUACGAAUCAAGUUGGAAAAUGUGUAUGAAAUCGCUUCGCGCGAUGCUCCCGAAGAGUACGAGAAAUCGUUCGAGAUCCUGAAGCAGGUCGAAGCAGACGGUAUCACCGCCGACAAAUUCUAUGUGAAGAAUUCUCGUGAAAGGCCACGCAUCUGCGGUCAUGCUUAUCUUCACCAAAGUUUUCUGAAUCGCAAGAAAGUGUAUGGCAAGAUAUAUAAAUCAACUACUUCGAAAAACGACUCGUUAAAAGACUAAGUGCGUAUAUUCCUGUCUUAAUUUAUGUACCCUGCAUUGAUAAAUCAUCAAGAGAAACAAUUUCAAUGAAUUGGAUUAGUUCGGAUGUUUGUUAUCCAUGAAUGAGUAAUAAAUUUAUGUUAACUUUGUAAUCAUAUUUGAAAAUAAAAAUGAACUAAUGAAUGUAGGGGAAAUGACGACUUUGGUAGGUUUUGUGCUAUUAUUGUAAGGGGGUUUCAUUAACUAAUUAUGCUGGCUAUACAUUUGUCUAUCAAAGAAUAUUGUGGCCAAAUUUCAUAAAAUUUGGUCAAAAUAAACCCCCCUGACAAUAAUAGACCAAAACCUGACGAAGCCGGCAGUUCCCCUACCUACGUAAAACGCA